AUGGCCACUGGGACCCUGAUGCCUGAGAGCCAGGAAUCAGUGACCUUCAAUGACGUGGUUGUGGACUUCACCUUGGAGGAGUGGGGCCAGCUGGAGCCUGGCCAGAGAGAACUGUAUCGUGAUGUGAUGCUGGAGAACUACCAGAACCUUCUCUCACUGAGUGAGGCCUAUACCCAGCCUUCCCCAGGAAGAGGGGAGAAAGGCCUUAGAAGUAAUGACUUUGUGAGAAGCCUGAGGUGGGCCUCUGUCCUCAUCAGGAAGCAAAGAGUCCCUGGUGGAGAGAGGGCCCAGAAGUGGAGCAGGCCACAGAAGACCUUCAAACACCAAAGGACCUUCAUAGAGAAGAAACCAUUUAACUACACAGAAUGUGAGAAAGCCUUUGUUUACCAUUCAGACUAUAUUCUACAUCAGCGAAUUCAUACCGGAGAGAAACCCUACAAGUGCAAUGAAUGUGGGAAGGCAUUCAGCAACAGCUCAUAUUUCAUUCAGCACCACAUCAUUCACACAGGAGAGAAGCCCUAUGCCUGCCACAAAUGUGGCAAGACCUUUACUCAGAGCUCAUCACUUACUGAGCAUCAGAGGAUUCACACUGGAGAGAAGCCCUACAAAUGCAAGGAUUGUGGGAAGGCCUUCACCCAGAGCUCAUCCCUCAUUAAACACCAGCGAUGCCACACUGGGGAGAAACCCUAUAAAUGUGAUGAAUGUGGGAAGUUCUACUCACAGGUGUCCCACCUCACCCGCCAUCAGAAAAUCCACACGGGGGAGAAGCCUUACAAAUGUGGUGAGUGUGGCAAGGCCUUCUGUCACACUUCUUCCCUGACCCAACACCAGACCAUCCACACUGGGGAGAAACCAUACAAAUGCAAUGAAUGUGGGAAAACCUUCAGCCACAGCUCCUCCCUGACUCAACAUCAGCGAGUCCACACUGGAGAGAAACCCUACGAGUGCACAGAGUGUCACAAAGCCUUUAGUCACAGCUCCUCCCUGACUCAGCACCAGAGAAUCCACACUGGUGAGAAACCUUAUGAAUGUCUUGAGUGUGGGAAGGCUUACACACAGAUUUCCCACCUUAUGAGGCACCAGAGUAUUCACAUGGGAGAAAAGCCCUACAUAUGCAGUGAGUGUGGAAAGGCUUUCAGCCAUACCUCAUCCUUUACUCAACACCAGACAAUUCACACUGGUGAGAAGCCCUACAAAUGUAACGAGUGUGGGAAAACCUUCAGCCAGAACUCUUCCCUCACACGCCACCAAAGGAUUCACACAGGAGAGAAACCUUAUGAGUGUAACGUUUGUGGGAAAGCCUAUACCCAGAUCUCCCACCUUAUUCAACACCAAAGGAUUCACACUGGAGAGAAACCCUAUGAAUGUAGUGAGUGUGGGAAAGCCUUCAGUUGGAGCACCCAUCUCAUUGAGCACCAGAAGAUCCAUACUGGUGAGAAACCCUAUAAGUGUAAAGAGUGUGGGAAAACCUUUAGUCAUAACUCAUCCCUCACUCAACAUCAGAGAAUUCACACUGGUGAGAAACCCUAUGCCUGUAAGGAAUGUGGGAAGGCCUUCAAUCAGAGCAUCCACUUAAUUCAGCAUCAAAGAAUUCACACUGGAGAGAAGCCCUACAAAUGUAAUGACUGUGGGAAAACCUAUACCCAGAUUUCACACCUUCUCCAACAUAAAAAAGUCCACACUGGUGGCAAACACUAUGCCUAUAAAGAGCAUAGGCAGGGUUUCAGCUGGAAUUCACACCUCAAUGAGUAUCAGAGACUUCAUACAGGGCAAAAUGCCUAUCUUGGUGAUGAUUUUGAGAAAGCCUUUGCUUGGGGCACACAGCUUGCUAAUCAUCAGAGAACUUACACUGACUACACAACCUGAAUGUGUAAUGAACUAGCAGUUCUGCCGUUAGGUUCUGUUCAGCCUUCACCAACACUAGGAAGUCCAGGAAAAAUUUCACCUUCAGGAACAAGUGGAUCCAGGUCCUUCAAUGACCUUUCAGAAAUCUGUUUAGGAACCCACCUACCACCACAUAUUGAGAUAGUUUUUUAUUUUGUUCCCUAGAGUGAGGAUAGUAUAGCUCAUCACCAGCUUGGAUAGCUUAUGAUUGUUUGGGGGGCUUACUCUACAUAUUUCCUCAGCCCUACAAUGACCCCAGCUGGUGGUAUAGUUAAGGAAUGUCUAAAAGAGAUGCCAUCAUCUGAGAUCUUUUAUAACAACUCUUUCCAAGCUUGUUAAACUGAUUGAUCUUUCCUUAAAUUGAAGCCUGAAUAGUCAGGGGAAAAAAGUUGUAAAG